AUGGAGCAACCUCCAGGAUAUGUUGCUCGAGAGGGGGUCAUCUAAGAUGUGUUUCUUACAAAAGACGAUUUAUAAGCUCAAGUAGAAUCUAUGCAUUUGGUUUGCCAAGUUCAAUGAUCUUCUUACUACAUUUGUCUUCUCGUUAUGCGUUGUAAAUCCUAUUGUGCUCAUAAAGAUGAUUGAGGGCGGCCUAAUUAUUUUUGUAAUCUAUGUCGAUGACAUUUUUGUGAUUAAGAGUGAUGAGGUGAGUAUUCAUUCUACCAAAGUUUAUUUGUAACAACACCUCAGCAUCUUUGACUUGGAGACUCCAAAGUAUUUUCUUGAGAUUGAGUUUGCAUAUCAGGACAAAAAGUUUGUCAUGAUCCAAUAG